UUAUAAGUGCUUAUGGAUGCAAAUUGUGAGUGAGACAGGAAGGGGACAGCGGGCCAGUAGGACAGAUGGAAAAUAAAUAAAUAUGAAAAGGGGAAGGUGAAAUAUUGAGGUAGUCUUUUAUUUGAGAAGAGAUUUGACGGGAUCACAAUGUUAAGAUUGAGUCUCCUGCUUGUUCUUCUCUCCCACCCGGCCCACUGCAUGCUGCUGGGAUGGGUGGAGUCUCCAGGGUAUCCCAGUGGAUACCAGCCCCACGCCAGUAUGAACUGGAGCAGGUGUGCCAGCGAAGGCUACACCCUCUCCAUCAGGAUCGUCCACCUGGACCUGGAGGACAGCCAGGACUGUGAAAACGAUGCCGUGAAGAUCUUUUCAAAUGGAAACCUGAUUUCUGUUCUGUGUGGCCAAAGGGACUUUAAGGAGCUACAGUCCUCUGUAAAUCCCUCGCUCGUCUCCUACCCGGGCGGCUGUCUCUCUCUCUCUUUCCACUCGGACUACUCAAACAUCAAGAGGCACAGAGGCUUCAAAGGCUUUUACAGUGUGCAAGACUUUGACGAAUGUGAGGAAGACUCAGAACUUGAAUGCAGUCAGUUCUGCCACAACAUCAUCGGAGGGUACAGGUGCUCCUGUCGCCAUGGUUACCACCUGGGCACGGACAACCACACUUGCACUGUGAGUUGUGGCAAGGAUCUGUCAGGGUUGACCAAAGGGGACAUAUCCAGUCCCUCCUGGCCGGGCUUGUAUGCGGAGAACGCAGACUGUCGGUACACCCUGUCUGUGGAGGCCCACCUGCAGCUGGAGCUGCACUUCUCCGGGGGGUUUGAUGUGGAGCAGAGCCCUGAUGGUCAAUGCAUAGACGCACUGAGGAUUGAGACUCCCUCUGGGAUUAUGGGUCCGUUCUGCGGGCACACGCCCCCCCCGUCUCCCCUCCUUACUCACUCACAUCGUGUCAACAUCAGCUUCACCUCCGACGGCUUCGGCUCCAACAAAGGCUUCACCUUGCACUUCAAGACCAGAGGAAAGGUCUGUCCACCAGGGAUCACCUCCCAAUCCACUGUGACUCCUCAUCAACCAGAGUAUCAACCGGGUCAGACAGUGACAGUAGCCUGUGAACUUGGCCAUAUUGUGAAUACUCGAGGCCUCCUGAUGCUGUCAUCGCAGUAUGAGACCACGUGCCAGAGUACAGGCACCUGGUUCCCUAGUUACCCCUGUGAACCUGUGAAUUGCGGUCAUCCUGACUUCCCAGAAGAUGGCAUCCUUCAGUUGACGGACUCAGAACACUCACACACCCGGUAUAAAGGCCAGAUCCAGCUGAGGUGCAGUUCAAAGUACUACACACUGGAAGGACAAGACAAAUUCACUUGCAGUGCCGGUGGUAAAUGGGAAUCAAGCAGUGGAACGACACAGAUGCCGAAAUGCACUCCAGUGUGUGGGUUGCAUGAAAACGCCCACGGGAGUGCAGGCAGGAUUUUGGGAGGUCGCAAUGCAAACCUGGGAGAAAUACCUUGGCAACUUCUCAUUAAAGAAACAUCUAGAGGAGGAGCAACACUGAUCAAUGACCAAUGGGCCGUCACAGCGGCUCAUGUCGUAGAGACGUUGGAGGAAACCUCUUUGAGACUGUAUGGUGGAUUGGUAGAUGGAAGGACAACGUCAGAUGCAUCGUCUGGUGUGGUGGUCAUGGAUAGCGAGAGGAUCAUCAUUCAUCCUAGCUACACCAGAGUGGUUUCUCCUAAUCAACGCAUUAGUUAUGACAAUGAUAUUGCUCUGAUCAGAUUUACCUCCAGGGUGAAUUUUGGCCCAAACCUCCUUCCCAUAUGUCUGCCGGAGGUGAACAGGGGCUUGCAGGAAAAUGAGCAAGGCACAGUUUCAGGCUGGGGGUUUACAGAAAGGAGGGGUAGCCUCGUGACGGCUCGUAUGCUGCAAUAUGCUGAAAUCGGGGUCUACUCCCUCAGCCGGUGUCAGGAUACACCUCGCAUGCAAGAUGGCCGUUCCAUGAUUUUCACUGGGAACAUGUUCUGUGCUGGAGCAUCAGGGAAGGACAGCUGCCAGAAAGACAGCGGGAGUCCGUUUGUAAUACCCACAUUGUCUGCAGGAACAGGGCCGUAUCAUCUGGCUGGUAUCGUGUCCUGGGGUCCCCCCUGUGAGGACAAGCAGUUCAAGGGUUAUUAUACCAAAGUAAAGAACUAUGUUGACUGGAUCAAGAAGACAAUAGAUGACGUGGAGAAUUCUAAGAAAGGCUUUCUGUUUGUGUCGGCGUGUGGGUGCUGGCCACUGCCCGACCCUGAGCCCCUGAUGCACGGUGAGGUCCAGUCUCCCCAGUAUCCGCAGCCCUACCCUCCCAACCUGCAGGAGCAGUGGGACCUCAGUGUGCCCGAAGGCUACCGGAUCCGAAUUACCUUCACACACAUGGACAUUGAAGCUUCUGCAGGCUGCUACUACGACUCCCUCACAGUUCUCUAUGAUGGAAAAGUGAUGGGAAAGUUUUGUGGCUCUGAGAACUCAGCUGAUGGGCACCAUCCCGACAACCAGCCCAUCUUGUCUCCAAGCAACAGACUCACCCUCAUCUUCCAGACAGAUAACAACAACCCAGAGCGCCACCAGAACGUGGGCUUCUCUGCUCAUUACCAGGCGUUAGACAUAGACGAGUGUUCUGCUCCUGGAGAUGCCUCAGGUCCACUCUGCUCUCAGAUCUGCCUAAACACACUCGGGUCUUACAUCUGCUCCUGUCACCAUGGCUACGAACUUCGCUCAGACCAGCGCAGCUGUGUGUUGUCCUGUGCUGGUGGUAUUUUUGAUGAGCCAGAGGGAUCUCUUCACAGUCCAGGAUAUCCCAACUCCCCACCUCACGCCGUGUCCUGUCAGUACAUCAUUUCUGUCGAACUUGGCUUCACUGUGUCGCUCAACUUCUCUGACAACUUCCACAUCGAGAGUGUUGACACGCAGCAAGGCCUGAGCUGUCUCAAUCACUGGUUGCAGGUGACCGUUCCAAACAGCGAUCCCAUAAAGCUGUGUGGUGUAAAGAGUCCAGAUCUGAUGGUCACAAACUCCAACACUGUCCAGCUGGACUACCACACUGACGACGAAGGCCUGAGCAACGGCUGGAGCCUGGACUACAGCACACACAGGGUGCAGUGUCCAUUUCCUGGUAACGUGGCCGAAGGCAGAGUCACGCCAAUCUUGAACGAAUAUCUCUACAGAGACUACAUCUUUGUGCGCUGUGCCCAAGGAUACAAGCUGAUGAUGGAGGGUCAGGAGAUGGCGAGCUUCUCUACCAUGUGCCAAAGCAAUGGACAGUGGCACCUUCCUCUGCCAGAAUGCCACAUAUUUGAUUGUGGAGAACCUGAACCUCUGCUGAAUGGCGGAGUGACCUUCCUCUCUGGCUUCCAGAACCAGUACCGUUCUGUUGUUCAGUACCACUGUAAUGAACCGUUUUACUCGAUCCUUGGGGCCGUAAAUGUUAGUUUUACCUGUGAAUCAGACAGAAAGUGGAGAUCCAACAAUGAUGUUGUUGUCAGACCAACAUGCAUACCAGUUUGUGGCAAGCCAACACAACACCUCAUUGAGCAUCAAAGGAUUGUUGGAGGCAACACUGCUCCAAAAGAUACCAUCCCCUGGCAAGUGCUACUGAGUAUAGACGGAGGAAGAGGAGGAGGCAUGGUGAUCGCAGACCGCUGGAUUAUGACCGCAGCUCAUGUUGUAGUAAAAGAUGGGAUAACUGCAUUAAACGACACUGUUCGGGUUUAUAUGGGACUUAAUGAUGCUCAGACCAUUGUGGAUUCUCCUGUUAAUGCUGCCUCAGUCCACAUUCACCCUGAUUACAACAACCCUCAGAAUGUAGACUACAACAACGACAUUGCCUUACUCAAACUGCAAGACCCGAUCACAUUCGACCCAUCAGUAAUGCCCAUAUGUUUGCCAGCACAGGAUGCCACAUAUGUCACUGGCAUGAUGGGACUGGUGUCAGGUUUUGGCGUUACAGUAACCGACAAUGUACGUUUUUUAAAUAAUAAGCUGAAUUACGUGCACGUGCCUUUGGUGGACCAGGGCAAAUGCCAUGAAUCAAUUACGUCGUAUAAGAAGAAAAGGAUCAACGUACCAAGCCUGACAAACAACAUGGUUUGUGCUGGAGUCCCUGAAGGAGGGAAGGACUCCUGCCAAGGUGACAGUGGAGGCCCAUACGCCCUGCCGGACCAUGGACGGUAUUGGGCUGCAGGGAUUGUCAGCUGGGGGGCUGGCUGUGGAGUGAAGGGAUCAUAUGGAGUCUACACCAGAGUCGCUAACUACCUGGACUGGAUCACGAAGACCAUGCAGGAGAACUGAGAUUUUCGAAGUACCUCAUGAUGAGAAAACCACAACAUCUCAAAUUAAACAAAUGUUGUUCUAAAUAAAAAACUAAUGAACAAAA